UCAAUCGAUUACUUUGACACAAAUAAUUGAGCUCUUUCUUCUGUGCAUACACACCUCACAGUCCUCGCUAUGGUAUCAUUAUCCAUUCAUCAAACAGUUCGUACAAAUUAAACAUUCAGAAACUAUCAUGAUAUCUUCAGUCACGAAUACAGAAAUCAUCUCCUUGUAUACAUUAAUUCUGGUGUGUUGUUGUUGCUACUGUAUUUCAGCUAAAGACAACAUAACGACUGGGGAAUUUAUCAAUGAUGGUCCUGAUUACUUAGAAUCUUCUGGGAAGAAGUUUCAAAUGGGCUUCUUUCCACAUGGAAAAACAGAAGUAAGAAGAUAUGUGGGGAUAUGGUAUACGAUGGAUCCAAAGACUGUUGUGUGGGUUGCUAACCGUGAUAACCCAUUGAUGGAUUCCACUGGAAUUCUUACUGUUGCGGAAGACGGUAGUGCUAAGCUGUUAAAUGGAAAACAGGUUGAAUACUUCUCUACAGACACUUCAGAUGGAGCUUCUUCAACGGCACUGAAGUUGUUGGAUAACGGAAAUGCCAUAUUAAUAAAUGUUAUAUCAGGAAACAUAUUAUGGCAGAGCUUUCAAACUCCAACAGAUACUCUUCUUCCUGGAAUGAAGAUGGUCGAUAAUAACUUAAAGUUGACAUCAUGGAAAAGUCGAGAAGACCCAGGGUCUGGAAGCUUCGAGUUUCAGCAAGACCCUGGUACAAACCGAUACUUCAUUUUGGAGGAAUCAACCAAGCUUCGAUGGAAAAGUGGGAACAUGUCGACGAAAAGUUUUGAUGAGAAUCAAAUUUUCUCUCAGGCCUUCCAGUUGCUGUCAAACACUACCACAGACACACGAACGAUCUUUAAAAGUGGUGAUAAGAAAAGAUGUUCGGUGAGGUCGUCUAACUGCACAGGGAGUACUGACAAAAUUGUAUAUAACGAAAGUUAUUGGGUGAUCGAGCCUUACUCAAGGUUGGUAAUGAACCAUACAGGGCAUAUACAGUAUUUUAGUUGGCAUCAAGAGGAAAAUAAAAGUCAUUGGAUUUUGGAUUGGCAAGAGCCCAAAGAUAACUGUAGCGUGUAUAAGGUGUGUGGCUCAUUUGGGAUUUGCAACCAAAAUAAUUCGGUCAUGUGUAGUUGCUUACCUGAAUUUGAACCUAAUUCACCCGAUGAGUAUAGAGCUGGAUGCAAGAGAACGUCUGAAAUCUGUCUCCCAGGAACUAAUGACACAUUCCUGACAAGAACUAUGAUUAGUAUGGAUGAUACAACUUUGCCCUUCUACAAAUCAGAGAAUGAAUCAGCAUGCAAGAAGAAGUGCCUUAAAGACUGUCAGUGCCUUGCUUAUUCUUAUAUUUCUCAAAACAAGCUGGGAGGCUUAGUGGAUGAAAGUCGCAAUGUGGAGUCUGGUUGCUGGAUCUGGAACUCUGAACCAGAUAAUCUUAGAGAGAACGGUGCUCAUAAUAUCUCCUUUCGUGUUUCUAAGUUAUCAAAAGGGCGUAUAAUCAGUCCACCACCGGAACAGGAGCCAAAGCCAACAGAAAAAUCAUCAUUUGUGAAACGUGUUCUUGCUAUUGUUAUCAUUGUUUCAACGCUGGUGCUUUUGUCAUUGUGUGGCAUUAGCUAUAUUUUAUACAAAAGAUUAAUGAAUAGAAGAGAAAACAACGAAUUGCAUUCGAAUGAUACACGGAGACGUAUGAAGGAGUUACUCGAUCCAGAUCACUCAAAAGAAGAUGACAGAGAAGGCAUUGAUGUGCCAUAUUUUGAGCUGGAAAGCAUAAUAGCUGCUACUGAUGACUUUUCAGAGAAAAAUAUGCUUGGACAAGGUGGUUUUGGGCCUGUUUACAAGGGUAAGCUUCCUGGAGGCGAAGAAAUUGCAGUGAAGAGGUUGUCAAGCCUCUCUGGACAAGGUUUGCAAGAGUUCAAAAAUGAGGUUAUGCUUAUUGCUAAACUUCAGCAUCGAAAUCUUGUUAGACUAUUGGGAUAUUGCAUCAAGGGAGAAGAACAGAUUCUUCUUUAUGAGUACAUGCCAAAUAGAAGCCUAGAUACAUUUAUAUUUGAUCGAACGCUGUGCGCAUCACUGGACUGGAAAAUGAGAUUUGAAAUCAUUAUGGGAAUUGCUAGAGGACUUAACUAUCUUCACCAUGAUUCUAGGUUAAGGGUUAUUCACAGAGAUUUGAAAACAAGUAACAUUUUGUUAGAUGAGGAUAUGAAUCCAAAAAUUUCGGAUUUUGGCUUGGCCAAGAUAGUUAAAGGUAAAGAUAUGGAAGCUAUGACCAACAGAGUUAUCGGAACCUUUGGCUAUAUGUCUCCAGAGUACGCACUAGAUGGGCUGUUCUCAGUUAAAUCGGAUGUUUUUAGCUUUGGAGUAGUGAUGCUUGAGAUUGUAAGUGGAACAAAAAAUACAGGAUUCUAUCAAUCACAGAGAAGUCUAAGUCUUUUAGGACAUGCAUGGAAUUUAUGGAGAGAAGAUAAGCCAUUUGAGUUGAUGGAUAAAGUACUAAUAGAAUCAUGCAAUUCGAGUGAGGUAUUGAAAUGUAUAAAUAUUGGACUCCUAUGUGUACAAGGAGACCCUGAUGAUCGUCCUACCAUGACCAAAGUUGUUUUGAUGCUUGGAGGUGAUAUUGUCACACUCCCAACUCCAAAAGAACCAGCCUUCAUUGCAAGAAAGGACAAUGCUACUUCCUCUUCCUCUAGUUCUUAUAAAACAGAUACGCAAUCCAAAAAUAUGUUGACAAUCACUAAGUUGGAUGGACGCUGAAAGGGUAAUUAAUUUGUCAAUGGCCUGUGUUUUGGUUUAUCGAUUGAUACUCACUUUUCUAGUAUUCUACUGUGAUCCUCAACUGUACAAAGGUGUCUCUUGCAUAAAGCAUGUUGUUAAGUUGUUUUUCUGGGGUUAAAUUUUUUAGGUCAUUCCUUUUCUAUCUAAUGUACUUAAUCACAAUAUGUACUUUAGUAAAAAUGUUUAGUUUGUUGGAA